CCGUAAAAACCGGGUGUGCAGAGUGUGCACCGCACACAGGCCUCGGGCCUCAAAAUAUAUUUCAGGGCCUCAAAAGUCAAAAGGACUAAUGACACAUAUUAUUAAAUUAUUAAAAUAUCAAAUAUUAGUUAUUGAAUUGAAAAUGGAGCCAAUGUUAUUUUGUAUCUAUUAACUAAUUUACUAUUAUUGUUGUCGUAUUACUUUGAUAAGGCCUAUAAAUAUUAGAAGUAUAAAUAUAGAUUUUCGUCCGUAUUUCCAUGUAAUACUAUUAAUAGUAUUAUGGUAUAUACGGCGUACACACGUCUUGACUGAUUAUCGGAAUUAAUCGCCGAUCGCCGCUGUUGUAUCCUUCCCUUUACCCUACGUAGUACGUAUUCACUAUUCAAAAUACAAUUGCCUGCAAUAUGUGACUUUGUCGUGUUGUUGAAGUGCACACUGUAGUACCUACUGUACAAUUAUACUAAGUAGUUUAUUACAUUUUACUGUUUAUUAUUUUCUAUUAAAACUUAAAUUAUGUCAAAAAGAACGUUUCAGAGUGGUUGCGAAAAGAGAAAAAAAAAAGCUAGACAAUUAGUAGAAAACGAAAAAUUGUCAAAUUGCAUACUUAGUUGGGCUAAAGGCUCUUCUGAAUCACAAGACAUGAAUUCAACUUCAACUAAUUCAAUUAGUGUUACACAAAAAAAAGAUAUUAACUAUAAAACUUCCUCGGAUACAACUAUGUCAAAUUUUUGUGAAAUUGGUCAGGAUGAUGGACAAACAUUAACAUCUAGCUCUUAUAUUGAAUCUGAAGAAAACAAGGAUACAGAUGUUCAGGAUGAAAGACCAACAUUAUCAUCUAGCUCUUAUAUUGAAUCUGAAGAAAACAAGGAUACAGAUGUUCAGGAUGAAAGACCAACAUUAUCAUCUAGCUGUUGUAUUGAAUCUGAAGAAAACAAGGAUACAGAAAAUAAUGUUGGCAAUAAGAUUGAUAUGGACCAUGAACUAGAUUUAAAAUCAGAUUACCCAACCGACCGUGGACAAUUUCAUGAAACUGUAACUGAUACAUUGAAAAGAAGCAUUUUACAAUUUGGUCCAUGUAGGCCUAAUAUAAAAUUUCCAAAGACUGAAAAUAGAUGUUUUUCAGUGCAUUAUUACUAUAUGAUAACAAAGGGAGGAUUAAAAAUUCCACGUGAUUGGUUAUGCUAUUCAGUGUUGUUAGAUGUGACUUACUGUGAAACAUGUUGGCUAUUUGCUGAUCGAAUUAGUGGGAAAUUCAAUAAAGAAUGGAUAGAAGGUGUUAGUGAUUGGCAACAUUUAUCACAAAGUAUUCAACGGCAUGAGAGUUCAAUACAACACUUGUAUGCAUCUAAAGUUAGAUCUUUAUGGAUGAAAAAUCAAACUAUUGAUGUAAAUAUAGAAAAGCAGUACUCCCAAGAAGCUAUGUUAUGGAGAAAUGUUUUAAAGCGUAUAAUAAAAAUUAUUUUAUGUUUGACUGCUGGUAAUUCAGGUUUACGUGGUAAUGAAGGUAGCUUAAAGAUAAAAAAUCCAAAUGAAGGCAAUUUUAUACGAACUGUAAAACUGCUUGCCGAGUUUGAUCCUGUUUUAAAUAAUGUAAUAAAUGACGAAAAACAAAAUAUUAAAUAUCUCAGUCCGUUAAUUCAGAACGAAAUAAUAGAUAUUUUAUCUUCUGAUUUACGUCGUAUAAUUUGUGAUGACAUUAGGUCUAGUUGUUUUUUCUCAGUUAUCUUAGACUCAACACAAGAUAUAACUAAAGAAGAUCAAGUUAGUCUUAUAAUUCGUUACACUGUUGUUAAUUAUGAAGAAAAGAAAGUAGAAAUCAAGGAAUCAUUUUUAGGAAAAAUGUAG